CUCUCUCUCUCUUUCUUUCUCUCUGUCCUAUAGACUCACUUGCUCUUCCAUUCGCCGUUUCGCGUUAACUCGUUUCGUUCUAUCUUUCUCUCUCUCUCUCUAUCUAAUCGCGAGUUCUUCGCACGAAAUCUCUGAAUUUAGCUAAUAUUCCAGUCCUCCUCCUUUCGAUCCCAAAUUGCCCAAAUUUAUCUCUCUUAACAACCCCACCGUAAAUCCCUACCCAAAUCUUAUUUUCCUCUCAACUAAGCCCUAGACCUCACGUUACCAGACUUGUCCCCAAAUUCCGAUUAUGGGUUUGCUAUUUCAUUCUUUCAAUCGAAGAUCUGGGUCCUGAUCUAGGGUUUUGCUCAGCUCCAAUUCUUCGAAUCUAGGGUUUUCUUUCUUUUUUCUGUUGUGGAAUUCCAUUUGGGAUUGAUGUUUCUUUUCAAGGACGUGGUUGCGAUCGAUUUAAAAAUCAAGGAAGAUGGAGGGCUAUGCAUGGGUCGGGAGGUGAGAAGUGGAAACGGAGUCGGCACAUGUGGCCGGUCCCUAAUUCGACCGCGACGACUGUAGCUGUGAACGAUUCGAAUACCCCCGAUUUCUUCUGCAAAGAUGGACGCAAAAUUCGAGUUGGUGACUGUGCACUUUUUAAGCCACCCCAGGACUCCCCUCCAUUUAUCGGAAUAAUACGUAGGCUGACGUUAGACAAGGAGGAUACUCUAAGUUUAGGUGUAAAUUGGCUUUAUCGACCUGCUGAUAUAAGGCUUGCAAAAGGGAUAUUGCAAGACGCUGCACUGAACGAGGUCUUUUAUUCCUUUCACAAGGAUGAGAUUCCUGCUGCAUCGCUACUCCAUCCCUGUAAAGUCGCAUUCCUUCGUAAAGGUGUUGAACUUCCUCCAGGGAUAUCCUCAUUUGUUUGCAGACGAGUGUAUGACACUGAGAACAAGUGUUUAUGGUGGUUAACUGAUAAAGACUAUAUUAAUGAACGACAGGAAGAAGUAGAUAAGCUAUUAGACAAGACAAGACUAGAAAUGCAUGGGGGCGUGCAGUCAGGAGGCCGUUCUCCAAAACCUUUGAAUGGUCCAUCAUCAACACCGCAAUUGAAAUCUGGUUCUGAUAUUGUACAAAACAGCGCGUCCUCUUUUUCUUCACAGGCUAAGGGAAAAAAGAGGGAACGGGGUGAUCAGGGUACUGAUUCUGUGAAACGAGAGCGUUUAGUAAAAGUAGAAGAUGGCGAUUCAGGUCAAUUUAGGCCUGAAAAUAUGAUAAAGUCUGAGAUAGCAAAAAUAACUGACAAAGGAGGGCUUGUGGACCUUGCUGGGGUUGAGAAGUUAGUUCAGCUUAUGCAACCUGACAGCGCUGAUAAGAAAAUAGACUUGGCUGGCAGAAUAAUGCUUGUUGAUGUGAUUGCAGUCACGGAUAGAUAUGAUUGUCUUGGACGUUUUGUUCAGCUUAGGGGCUUACCUGUGCUGGAUGAAUGGCUUCAAGAGGUCCAUAAGGGGAAAAUUGGUGACAGUUGUAGUCCCAAAGAAUGUGAUAAAUCUGUUGAGGAGUUUCUUUUGGCAUUACUUCGGGCACUUGAUAAGCUGCCUGUAAAUCUGCAUGCCCUUAAGAGUUGUAAUGUGGGCAAAUCUGUCAAUCAUUUGCGGAGUCAUAAGAAUUCUGAAAUUCAGAAGAAAGCUAGGACUUUGGUUGACACGUGGAAGAGACGUGUUGAAGCUGAGAUGAAUAUGAGUGAUGCUGCCAAAUCUGGACCAGGUCGUGGUGUUUCAUGGCCCAAUAAGCCUGCAUCGUCUGAAGUUUCUCAUGUUGGGAGUAAAAAAACAGGAAAUUCUGCUGAGGUUGGUUCAAAGAGCUCCAAUGUACAACCUUCUGUCUCUAAAGCUCAUCAGGUUAAGCUUGGUUCUGGGGAUGCUGCUUCCAAGGCAUCUGCAUCUCCUGGAUCAACUAAACUAAUGAGUGCAUCCGUGGGUACUUUCUCGAAAGAUCAGAACUUCAGAAUGUUAGUUGCUGCGGGCUCCUCAGACCUUCCUUUGACACCAAUUAAGGAGGAAAAAAGUAGCAGUUCUAGUCAGUCACAGAACAACAGCCAGUCAAGUGAUCAUGCAAAAACAGUGGGUUCAUCAUGUAGAGAAGAUGCAAGGAGUUCAACAGCUGGUUCUGUGUGUGUGAAUAAAGUUUCUAGCAGUGGAUCUCGCCACCGAAAAGCUAUCAAUGGCUUUCAAGGAUCUGCUAUUGCAGGAGUUCAGAAGGAAAUUGGGUCAGGUAAAGCUAGUACGCCAAGUAGAAAUGUGACUCCUGAAAAACCAACUACUGGAGUAUCCCAUGAGAAACUUGCUGAUGUUCCUCCUGUUGAACACGGGAAUAAUAGACUCAUUGUAAGAUUUCCAAACACUGGUCGUAGCCCUGCAAGAGGUGCCUCUGGAUCUUCUUUUGAAGACUCUGUUGCCACUUGUGGCAGAGCUUCUCCUCCCACGGAAAAGCAUGAUAAUCAUGAUAAAAAGCCUAAAGGUCGAAAUGAUGCUGUCCGUGCUAAUAUUUCUUCAGAUAUAAACUCAGAUUUGUGUCAAGGAAAGGAAUGUGGGUUUGAGGAAUCUGCAGUUCCUGCUUGCGUAGAGCAACAAAGGGCUGGUGAAGAUGGCGAAAAACCAACAGAAGCAUCUAAAGCAGCUGGUUCUUUAUCAAAUAUAAUUUCAAGGUCUGGGAAAUCAUACGAGGCACCUUUAAGCUCCAUGGAUGCUUUACUUGAAAGCUGUGCAAAGAUUUCUGAAGCUAGUGCUUCUACUUCACCAGGGGAUGAUGGGGGGAUGAAUUUGCUUGCUAGUGUGGCUGCAGGAGAAAUAUCUAAAUCGGGUAAUGUGUCACCAUCAGCUUCUCCUGGGAGAAAUCCAUCUACGCCUGAGGGAUCAAGCUCAGGCAAUGAUGGAAAGUUGAAACAAUUAGGGGAGGAGGUUUCUCAAGCCCAAUGCCAACAAUCUAUUGGGGGGGUUAGUGUUGGUUCCCCUUCAGAGCGGGGUAAUACAGCCGAUUCUUUACUUGCUAAAAAUGAAUCAAGAAAUCCUGUUAGUGGUGGACCAACCAAUGAUUCUGGGGAUAUGAAAGGUGUUUCUCCUGCUCAUGGGGACAGAGCAGGGGAGUCUAGCGUGCAUUUGGAUGGUUCUUUGAGUUCACAAGAAAAUGCAGAUGCGUUAAAAUUGUCUGAUCAUAAACCUGGUGAACCAUAUGAUGUUUCCGUAACCAUACCUGUUUCAGCUAGAAAAGAAGGUUGUACGGAUGCGGAAGGAGCUUACCAGUUUCACGAGCAAAGAAAGUUUGGAGUUCGUAGGACAAGAAGUAUCAGCAGUUUUGAUAAUAAAUUAAAACUAGAAACUUCAUCUGAUGAGGAUAAAAAAGCUGAUAAGAAAGCAGAAUAUGGAGAUGAGAGAACUGUGGAAAACAGUGUGCCAAUGGCUUCUGAAGCUCGUUCUGGGAGUGCAAAAGUGGAGAAGGAUAAUGAAACAUCAACUUGCUCAUCUUCAGAAGUGGGUCAUGGGGAUCAGAACGCUGACAAGGAGUUAUAUAAUGAUGUUUCAACAGAACAGAAGCCAUCUAUUGUGACAGCAAGUAAUGCUGAGCCUUUGAAUGGGAAAAGCGAUGAUCCCUUGCAUUCUUCUGGCUCUGGAAAUACUUUGAAUGUGGAGUGCAAUGGUGAAAAGACUGAUGAUGUCAAGACUGGAGGUCUAGCUGAGCCGCGGACAGAUGGACAAGCGGAUUUAUGUACUACUUUUGAUCGUGACAAUGAUUGUCGCAAGGACAACUUGGAGACAAAAGAAUCUGUUGGUCACUCUUCAGUUGCCCCAUCUCCCAAAAUCGAGGUGCAUGCAGUUGCUGUGCAAGAAAGUGAACAAUGUGAGAAGUCUAAUAGGCACAAGAUAGAUGAUUUGGAAUCAGCUGAGACAGAGCAACAGCAACCUGCAAGUGUGAAUGCUUCUGGCCCUGAUUCUUUUGUAAAACUGGACUUUGAUUUAAAUGAAGGCUUUCCUUCUGAUGAUGGGAGUAACGGGGACCUUGUGAAAGUGGGAGAACCUGGAAGUUCAUCAGGUAUUCAUUUGCCUUGCACUUUACCUUUUCAAAAUUCCUCUACUUCUGGGGGUUUCCCAUCUUCAAUUACUGUGGCUGCUCCUGCCAAAGGAGCAUUUAAUCCUCCAGAAAACCUGCUGCGGAGUAAGGGAGAACUUGGAUGGAAAGGGUCAGCAGCUACAAGUGCAUUUCGGCCUGCAGAACCCAGAAAGACCAGUGAUGCCGUUGACUCUACUUUUAGCAGACAAGGUCGUGCUCCUUUGGAUUUUGACUUGAAUGUACCUGACGACAGAGCUUAUGAGGAUGAGUCUGGGCCUUGUGAUCGCGUUGCUGGUGCUGGAGGACUUGAUCUUGAUUUGAAUAGAGCUGAUGAGAGUCCUGAUGUUGGGCUAUUUUCUACUAGCAACCACGCUAGGUUAGAAAUGGCUCCUUUACCUGCUAGAUCGUCAUUAUCUAGUGGAUUAUCUAAUGGUGCGGUUAAUGCCUCCAGAGACUUUGAUUUGAACAAUGGGCCAGGGCUUGAUGAUGUUGGUACUGAAGCGGCACCUUCUGUUCAGUCUAUCAAAAGCAGUUUGCCAUCGGCCGGACCUGUUCCUGGAAUAAGAGUCAACAACGCAGAAUUUGGGAACUUUUCAUCGUGGUUUCCCCCUGGCAAUGCUUAUUCAGCCAUCACUGUUCCACCAAUUUUUCCUGGUAGAGGGGAGCAGAGUUAUGGUUCUCCGGCUGGGUCACAGAGGGUCUUGUGUCCUCCUACUCCCAGCUCCUCAUUUGGUCCUGAGAUUUACAGGGGCCCAGUGCUUUCGUCCUCCCCUGCAGUUGCAUUUUCACCUGCCAACCAAAUUCCAUAUCCAGGAUUCCCUUUUGAAACUAGUUUUCCCUUGUCAUCCAACUCCUUCUCAGGUUGUUCACCAGCAUAUAUGGACUCUUCCUCUGGUGGACCACUUUGUUUUCCUACCAUCCCCUCACCUCUUAUGGGGCCUGCAGGUGUAGUCCCAUCUGCUUUCGCCCGACCAUAUGUGAUGAACCUUCCAGGAGGUGCUAGUAACAUUGGCCCUGAUGGUAGGAAAUGGGGAAGUCAGGGUUUGGACCUUAAUGCAGGUCCUGGGAGCAUAGAUGCUGAACGGAGAGAUGAGAGGCUGCCUACAGGAUUGAGACAACUUUCUGUUUCAAGUUCACAGGCCCUUGUAGAGGAGCAGCUAAAGAUGUUUCAGGUCGGUGGUGUAUUGAAGAGAAAGGAACCCGAUGGUGGACUUGAUGCAGUGGACAGAAUUAGCUACAAACACCCUUCAUGGCAGUAGGAUUGUGUUGCAAUGAGGAAAACCUCAUAGUCUGUUUAGGCCUGCUCUGCAAGUCAAGUGUCAGAACUCUGGUUAUUUGAAUGAUCAGAUUAUGGAGGCGAAGCCCAAGAGUUCGUCUUGCUGAACACUGCCAUACCACCGUCCCUCUCUAACUUUGGAAAAUUGUUAUGGCCCUGGAAUCAACUCAACAUGGUAAAUGAAUCUUUUUGUGGCAGAUCCGCCUCUGCAGAUAAGUUCCCCCCGUGUAGAUAUCUAACUCAAGAUUAAAAAGAAAAAAAAACAUGUUUGUUGUGCUGCCUAGAAACUAAGAAAUUGGUGCCCCACCAUGUAAGGACUAUGCUCAUUCAGGUACAUUACUACUACUUCUACUACUACUACUACUACCCCAAUCCUUCCCGGUCCAUUUUAAAGGAGAGGAUUGGAUUGUAUGAACUGUCCAUUCAGGCUGAGGCCGGCAUGUAUCUUCUGUCUGUCAAAUUUUUUUUCCCCACCUUCCAGUUACAAAUAUAGUUAUUUACUUUAGUCAUGACUGCCGAAUUUUUGUUACUUGAAAGAAAAUCAUUCUGGUUAUUGAUAUUUGCACAGGCCUGUCUUCAUGUAUUGUAUUUUUCCCUUUGUAUUAUAAGUUAUAACCAGAAUCGGAAUAUUUUCUCGCAACUCAGAGGAAAUUUUGGAUAGACUUUUUUUUUCUUCUGGUGCA